GAAAGCACGCAGGGAAAUUAAGUAUGGGAAAGGGUUAUUUGAUUAUUUAUCUUCUGCAUGUGCAUCCAAUUCAAAAUUCAACAUAUUGAUUCGAUGCGAUGCAGAUGCACCCUCUCUUAUGUUUCUUUUUUUUUUUGCUUUGGUUAUAAGUUGUAUGACAUAAAAAGGAUUAACGUAGGUGGCGUUGGCGUUGGGAGUGAGGAAUGGCGGCAAGAGGCAUGAAGAGACGCCACGUAGUAAUGAGUAGUAGGUUUAGCUGGAAGCUGUUGAUCCUCUUCUCCGUUUCCCUCUCCUGCGUCGUCGUUUUAGCUCUAGCAGCUCUCUUCACGCUGCACACUAACUCACCCCCAGUUUCAAUUUCUCGCGUCUUCGAUGGUACUCCUAAGAUCGCCUUCUUGUUCCUCGUUCGCCGCAACCUCCCUCUCGAUUUUCUCUGGGGUGCUUUCUUCCAGAACGGCGACGUUUCGAGAUUCUCGAUUUAUGUGCAUUCGGCUCCUGGGUUUGUGUUGGAUGAGUCAACCACCAGGUCGCACUUCUUCUACGGUCGUCAACUCAGUAAUAGCAUUCAGGUUUCAUGGGGAGAAUCGAGUAUGAUUCAGGCCGAAAGGUUGUUACUGGCAGCAGCUUUAGAGGACCCUGCAAAUCAAAGAUUUGUUCUUCUCUCGGACAGCUGUGUUCCUCUGUACAACUUUUCCUAUGUGUACAAUUAUGUCAUGGUUUCUCCAAGGAGUUUCGUGGACAGCUUUCUUGAUGUGAAGGAGGGCCGCUACAACCCAAAAAUGUCACCUAAAAUACCAAGGGAAAAAUGGCGUAAAGGGUCCCAGUGGAUCACCUUAGUUCGAAACCAUGCAGAAGUGAUUGUAGAUGAUGAUGUUAUCUUUUCUGUCUUUAAGAAAUAUUGUAAGAGACGGCCGCCAAUUGAUACCAGAAAGGGAAAGCUGAAUCUUAAACUUCAGAAGCAGCACAACUGUAUUCCAGAUGAACACUAUGUGCAGACGUUGCUUGCAAUGCAUGGCCUUGAAGGUGAACUUGAACGUAGAACGGUGACCUAUACCCUGUGGAACCAGUCUGCAACAAAAAUGGAGAAUAAAGGCUGGCAUCCUAUUACUUUCAGCUAUGCAAAUGCUGGCCCUCAAAGGAUAAAGGAAAUGAAGGGCAUCAACCAUGUUUAUUAUGACAGCGAGUACCGGACGGAAUGGUGUCGUACCAAUUCAACACCCGUUCCGUGCUUUUUGUUUGCUAGGAAAUUCUCUCAGGGAGCUGCUAUGCGCUUGCUGAGCGACGAAGUUGUUGACCACUCUGAAGUUUCUGCAAUGUUAGCCACUCCCUCAUGACUUGUGCUUCUGAUUACUCACUGACCUACUUAGACAUAUACUUCGGACGUCAAAUGGGAUUACUACAAGUUAUAUACAGCAUACUCCACUCCACAAGAACAGAUUUUGAAUACAAAAGUUUGUAGCUGCGGCUGAAUUAGUUAAUUUAUGGGUAAGGUAAAGUAGCUGCGGAUCGGAUGUAACGAGCUGAUAGGACCAUUAGGUCUUUCACAUCAAACCACAUUUGUAAUGUAAUAAGUUAUAAUAUAAAAAAAGGGGUUUAACUUUUCCGCAGCAACUGCAACAAAGUUAAGUUUGUCUCCUUCUCUCCCAAAAAAGUAGUGGGUUCCCUGUAAUAGAGUUUGUGACAAAAAAAUUAUAUUAUAUAUUCUUAAGGAGUAUAUAGUGUGUGUGGCAGAUGAUGUAGAAAUGUUUUU